GCAAUUCAGUCGUUUUUCUUAGAGUUCAGUGACUUGUUUUUUAUUCGGAGUUUAAAUUCCAAACCUCGUAAUUCAUUUGUAAAUACAGCUUACUUCUUGAAAUUUCUCUCCUUUGUCUAUUUUCAAAAUUUGAACCUUUUCAUUUCUUUCCAUAACAAAGUGGUUUCGUAAAGAGCAGCUCGAUGACCUCUAUCCUUCAAUGACAAAAAAGUAAAAGGAUUGCAUCAUUUUGAAACUGCUGAUGAGCUAUCCGUCGCUUGACUGUAAGAAAGAGUCACUAACCAGAAGUCAUUUGUAUUGAUGAUUUGCCCUGUCAUUCGAAAAACCUUAGUGAAGUAGUUCAUAACAUGAGUUAAAGAAAAAUAGUUAGAGGAAAAUCUCAGUCUCUCUAAUUUGUGAAAAAGUUUCCCUCCUGUUUUUCAGUACACAUACUAAUCUUUUAGAUUUUAUUCAAGUUAGAGUGAUAACUUUGUUUCAGUUUUAGUAAAUAAUAUAAGACAGCGAAACUUUCUUAUUUUACACUUCUAAAUACAAAAUGCUUCCUCAUUGUACUGAAUUGAGUUCUAUUUCUAGUGAAUGUUCGUGAAAAAGAAUUUUCUAUAUUGCACUUCUCUAUUGACUACCAUAUUCCCUUGGAUUUUAACCAUACGCCAUCUCUUUUUCUCUCUUUUGUCUAUUUUCUGUAAGGCGUCGGAAAUUUUAAGUUCAGUUUCAUGUUACGCAUUAUUCAAACAGAUGCAUAAUCACAUUUUUUUCUCUGUUUCAAGUAAGAAAUUUUAAUUUUAUUCUUAAAAAGAACUUUUAUCCAUACGGGUAUCUACUUUUCUUGUUUACUAUACAUGAACAGUCAGGAGUUAUUAGAACUGCGACAAAUAGGGAUUUUCUUUUUUUUUUCUUUUCUAUUUUUUUUUCUUAUUCACGUUAUAUAUAGUGUGUGUGAUUUUUUCCCAUGAAAUAAAUUGUCAUGAAAGAAAGAUCAAGUAAUUCACUUCCGUCAUCCAUUGUUUGUUUUGUCUUUGCUUCGAGAAGUUAGUGUUUAUGACUGAAAAAAAAGUAAAUGCAACAUCCAUAGUAAGUAUUUUACUCCAACACACAGUAUGGAUAGAUAAAAAUACCAAAAAUGAUUGAAACGCAUUGACGAAUUGCACACUUUCCUUGAAUGAGACUAGAAUUGAGUUUCCAAAGUAUCAAUAAAAUUCAGUCUUCAGUGCAAUGUUCGAGUCGAGCGACUAUCAAACAUAAGUGAAAAACUAUCAAGUAAUAAAGUAUGAAUCGCGUUGUGGAAAUACACCUUUUAUGAAGAUCAAUGGGAGGGGAACUCGGACACGAGCCGCAGAUAGGAUGAAAAGUUAGAUUAAGUUGAUCCUCCAUUUCGAUAGAAUAUGUCUUUGAACUCAGUCCAAAGACUCACCGAAGUUUCAGAUCGGACCGAAAGUUUGGGUCAAAAAUUCCUUGGACAGAAAUUAAUGUAACCCGAUCAGAUAACAGAGUAUUAAGAGUCAAAACCCAAGUAUAAAAUUUGUUCUUAACAUGUUAUCAUCUUUUUAGAAUUUCUACUGACUCAAAACUAAACCAAUCCUUUGAAAUUCAUAACAAACCAAUAGAUUUUAAGUCAAUUUUUCUGACCAGUUAUUGAUUCAACCAACUUUCAUCAGAAAGCCUUCGGUUCAUUUUUGGACUUAGGUACGUAUUAGUUAAUUUGAUCAUUUUAUCCAACAUACAGUGCAAAAUUAACCAUUAAUAACUUAUUAGCUGCGGUCGAAAACGAUCAACAUUCAGACAUGCACCAGUCAUAUGGCAAUAUUCAAGACGAAAAUGAAUCAAGCGUCUAUUCAACUGAAUCAAAAGCACUGCAUUGGCACGAGCAAAGUGAAAACACGAUUUCAAAGGAAGGUAAUGAUUAUAGCUUGGAAGAACAAUUAAAGAACGGACUCGAAAAACUAAAAAUUCGAGACGCAAAUUUAAUAUCACAAAAAAUACAGAGAACAGAAGAACGAAUCAAAGAUUAUAAAGAAGAGGAAAAACAAGAAGAUAUUGAGAAAGAACAGAAAUACUUAUGGGAACUUCAGAAGUUACAAAAAAUUUCGGAAAAAAUUUAUUCUAAAUCUGCCUCGGGUAUUUCCAAUAAGGAUAGCGAGUCAAAUGUGGAUAGAACUGACAGACAAGAUGUCGCAAGUUCAAGCAACAUAAUUGCACUUGAGAAAAAUAAAAAAAUUUUACAUCUGAACGAAUUACGUGAAGAUUCCGCUACCAUGCCACCUUGUGCUGAAAAAACCAUAUUGGGACUUUUAGAACAUUUUGAACAGAAAUUAUUAGAAGAUUAUUUGUACUCGCAGGAACAAAACUUAAUAAUUGAAAUGUUAAGUGAACUGUAUGAUCAGAUUAAAAGGCAAGGUUUACUUUCCGAAGAGAUUCAAACUAGUCUUCAAAAUUUAAGCAUAGCCGUAAAUAGUGGUAAUGACUUAAGUUCAGCGGAUAUUUUACAUGAACUUCAAAAAAGAAUCAGACCAUUGAAUGUACCAGAGAUACAAAGACUCGUGUCUAAAGCGAAAAAGGCUGCUGAAUUAAUCCGUAAUAAAGAUAUUAUUUUGCUAGUAGGUGAAACUGGUAGUGGAAAAUCUACCACGAUUCAAUUUCUUGCAGGUUCUGUGAUGAAAGAGAUUCAGGUGGAGAUUGAACCCGGAAAAUUUUUAGAACAUAUUACAGCAGUUGGACCUGUCAAGAAUACAGGAUUAAAUAAUGUGACUAGUAGUCCAUUUCACAAAUCAGAAACGCGCUAUAUUGCACCAGUUACGAUACAGUUAAAGGAUAUUCUUGAUAGUCAUGAAACCGAUGUUAUUACUUUGUGUGAUGCACCUGGUUUUGCUGAUACAGCAGGUGCUGAAGUAGAUAUUGCUAAUAGUGUAGGGGUUAUCGAAGCAUUGAAAGGAACUAAGAGUGUCAAGAUACUUGCCUUGUCAAGCUAUCAAAGUUUAGGUGAUAAAGGUGACGGAAUUCAGAAAAUGGCACAUAUAUUAAUAAAUAUGAUGCAUAAAAUAGAUGACAGACUUGACGCUAUUGUUUAUGCAUUUACAAAAUAUUCUGAGAAAAAAAACAUUAAUGCUGUAUUAACGGAUAUUAAAAAUUGGAAAGUAAAUAAAGAUCAGCUUUUACGAUCUGAUACUGCGUUUGUGAGUGUAUUGUCAGAUAUGAUUGAUAAAACUGAAGAAAAUACUUAUAAAAUCGAUCCUAUUCAUGGCGAUCGGAAAAUAUUAAUUAGAAAAUUAAAACGUACAAAAGGUAUUCAGUAUCCGGAAGAAGUUUUUCGAUUUUCUAUGAGUGGAGAAACACGAGCUAGUAUUGCUAACCAUGUUCAAAAAGAUAAGUUUAGUAUUAUUUGCGCAGUAAAACACAAAAACAACGAACUUGUAAUGUAUUACUUAAAUGAUUUGAAAAUCUUACAAGAUUUAAUAAAGGAAAGUUUUGUUGAAGAUGCUUAUGAAAGUUCAAUACGUUGUAUAAGUGAGAGCAUUAGUGAAUCUUUUAAGGAAAUAAUGAGAAAAUUUAAUCGUGCUUUCGCUAGUCAAGAUGGAUUAGGAGAAGAUGACAUUCGGGAUUAUAAAGCUGCUGUUGAAUAUCUUCAACAGAUUCAAAUCUUAAAAGAACAUUUAGGAUCAUCUCUAUUAUCACCUGAAACAUUGAUGCAAAACAUCAUUUCUGAAUUGCAUGAAAGAAGUCGUGCUCUGAAUGAAGAAGAACUGUACAAUUCUUUAGUUGGAAUAUAUUUGAAUAAUCUUCGCAUGCUUAACAACUCGUUUAAAGAACUUGAAAUAUACUAUCGUAACAGUUGUAAAGAGUUCGAUGAGCGUUUUUAUUUAUUAGUACAAUCUGCUCGCGAGCUCAUUCCAACAAAUGAUUUCAAGCAAAUUGCCGCAAUUAUUCUUAAUAUAUCUAAAUCUUCGCGUGUUCUGAAAGAUCACUUAAAUGAAAAAGCUGAAGAGAUGUAUUACAACAUCGUCCAAUCGCUCUUCCAAUACCUAAGUAGUUUCUCGGAAAAGGCAGAUCCUCUUUUACAAAAGAUUCGAUUUAGCAAUGAUGAUAUUAAAAUUCUUAAAAGUUACAUUGAAAUACUGAGAUCAGCUAAAGAAUGUUCUCCACUUCAAGAUCGUAUUUUCACAUAUAUUGAUAUGUUAAAAACAAAAGUUACUGUCUCAAAUCAGUACAGUACAAAUUCGGUCUCUGAAGAAAUCAUCAUAGAUCUGAAUGAAAUUCAUAAUAAUUUUAUUACGAAAAUUAUGAAAUAUUUCGAUGAGAUAAACGUCAGAAUUGAAGAACUUUUUAAACGAACUAGAGAUCAUGCUUUAGAAGAUAUACAAAAAUUAGUCGAUGAUAUGGAUGCUAUUCGUACAAUUCCAGAACUUGAAUCAAGGACUGCUGGAACAUAUUAUCGUACUGUUGAGAACAUACGUGAAUGGAUCGAUCGUGUUAGUCCAGGAGUUUAUGAUACUACAAUGCGUCGUAUUACAGAAGAAUUAGUGCAACAUGCUUGUCAAUUGGAAGAUCGUUUGAUAAAAAUAGAUUACAGUUUAAAAUGUCCAGAAAAUGUUUCUGUUGCGCAAGAGAUUGUUGAAAAAAUUGAAUCUAUGCGUGAUUUAGAACGUAGUGUUCCAGAACUUGAAAAACACAGAAAAAAUGUACUACAACGAUUUUUACAAUACACACAGACAGUCUUCGAUCGUAUACAAAAAAGUUUUAAUUUACAAGAUAAUGAUGUUUAUCUUAUGAAACAAGAAUUGAAAAAACUUGAAGAAAUUAAAAAAGAAUAUGAUGAUUUGCAUCCAGCUCGUAUAUUUUUACGAAAAUACGAGUAUUCAGAUAUUACUAUGUUGAAUCGUGAAAUUGAUGAAUUAAAAACUAGACAAAAAGUCGACGUUCAAGAAGCAGAAACAGAAAUACAUGGCAUGGAGUGUAAAUUAGAGAAUUUGAGUGCAAUUGUUCGAGAAUAUAUGAGUUUAUCUCCUUCAGAAAUCGAUCGAGAUGUAACUGGAAAACAGUCGAGCAUGAUAGGAAAAGCAUUGCAAAGCAAAAAUACACAGGCAGAAAAUUAUUUAGAGACAGUAGGAUAUUCAAGUGUCGGUAUUGUGUACGAUAAGAUUGCAGAAAUACAAAAUAAUCAUCGUAAUAAAUUACAAUGGAGUGAGAAACAGAAAGAAGAAUUAAGUAAUUCCUUACGUCGUCUUGAAUCAAUAAAAAAAGAACAUGACUCGAUAUUAGCUUCACGUAAUUUAGUAUCUCAUGAAGAAAUAAAUUUUCUUCGAGAAAAAGGAUUCGACAGCUAUGAAUUACUUAAUGAUAGAAUACAAGAGAAAACGAGAAUUAUUAGUGAACGUGAAAAAAAUAAACAAGCAUAUCAUUUUAGUGACAGAUUAGAUGCAUCUACAGCAAGUAAUGCGUUAGUAUAUUUAAGUCAAUGCGAAAAAGUAGGUGAUGAUAGUAUAAGAGGAAAUGCAGCUGAUACCAAUGAAAUAUUGAAAAAAUAUUUAAGUGAAUACGGUAAUUUUCUUAAUCAUGAAAUAAGUAAAAAAUUCCAUUAUGUAUGUAGGAUUGACGUUGAAGGCGGUCCUUUUCAAUAUUCUCAAGAUUUAGAAAUGCGGUUACAAGAGUUAUCAUCUCUUAGUAGAUUUGUGAAUGUUUUCGAAUGUAUCGAUGGACUUGAGAAAGUAGAAUAUUGGCAUCGAGAAUUUCUUGAAUAUCAUCGUAUUCUGGAUGAUACAAUGAAAGCAUAUGAAGAUGAUAAAAGAUAUAGAGAAUUAAAUAAUUAUCUAACUAUAGCGCAUGUAUUGACUUGUGUUGAUCGUUUUUGUGUAGUUGUGUUUGCCGGUAAUGGAUUUGGAACUUUAUAUAGACAAUAUCAAGGGAAAAGACGUAAUGAAUGUAGAGUAGCGUAUAAGACUGUUUUAGAUUACAUAUCAAAUGAAGAUUAUGCCAAUGCAGAUAUAGCAUUAUCUGAUAUUGAUGAUAAUCCUUUAAAUCCAAGACAUAAAGCUCAAAUUCAGCAUGAUUUACAGAGUUCUUUAAAUAAGUUGAUGAAUAAUACUAAAAGUAUUGUAAAUUGGCUUGAUGGAAAAAUUGAACGAGAAGAAGAUAAUCGAUCUCAAAUAAAAGAAAUAAAAGAAAAUAUUGACAAAAUUCGAAUUGCUUUAAAUAAACAUAGUAUAAUGGAUCUACUUGAUAGUGGAACUCGUGAUGAUCUUCAAAAUUUUGAUAAAGAAAUAAAUGAAAUUUUAUCGAAAAUUAUUUUAAGAGGACUUGAAUCUAUUGAAGCAUUUAUGGAUGCUGAUAGUUUUUCUGAAACUGAACAAGGAAUGGAAAAUCUUAGUCGAGUGCAACGUGAAUUAGCAGGUUAUUGUACAUCCAAAAGUGUUAAUGAAAAAUGUGAAGUCCUAAGAGAAAGAGUAAAUUGUAUAGUUAGUGAAAUUUUGAAAAAAAAUGACUUUGCAGAUGUCGACAACUAUUCUGUCAAUCCGCCUAGAGAGCUAUUAGCUAAAUUAAAAAUGGUUGCAUCACAUGGUAGUCCUAGAUUUACUCAAGCUUAUAAUUCAAUGUUAGGAAAAGUUAGACAAAGUUUUAUUUUAGCUAUAAGUGAAGUACGUAAUGCAUCUUUACAUGAACGUUGUAUAAAAAUACGUUCAUUAAAUUAUGCAUUAUAUUUUUUACCUGAAGAUUUGCAGAUUCAUUUCAAAUUACAAAUUGAUGAAUUAAGCAAGUUAAUUACCGAUGAAGAGAAAGCACAUAAACAAGAGCUCGAAACAUUGUUUACAAAUAUGGAUGAAGAUGAACACGCUAUCACAAAAGUAGGGUUACUAGCUGAGCGGUAUAAAAAGGAAAACUUGAAUGAUCUUUUUAAUCAAUUACGUGAACAAAGUUUAAAGAAACUGCACAUGUAUCGAACGAACGUGCAGAUUUGUGUAGAUAAACAAGAUAUACAAUCUACUGUUUCUAUUGUCAAGAAAAUAUUCACAUUUAAAGAAUCUCUCGGUACCUAUAUUCCAGAAGUAACAGAAAUAUACGAUAGCGUUUAUACUUUAACAAUAAAAGGAUUUUCAUGUUGUUGUGAAACUCUUGCUAAUAUAUCUUCGACUGAACAAACACAAUUAAUCGAAAAAGGAUUUAGUGAUAUUCUUGUUUAUCUAAAAUUUUCUGAUACAUUCAAUAAACGAGACGAAGAAUUCUUUCCAGAAAAUGAAUUACAAAAUGCAUUUCAGAGAAUGUCGCAAUAUUUAAAUGAAAAUUCUAGAAAAUUUCAACCUGCUCUAGAACAAAUGAAUAUCAUUGAAUUAUAUAAAGUUAUGUUAAUAUCGAAGAAAUGGGAUAAACUUUUACAAAACAUUAGUCAAUGUCAAUUGAAACAUAAUUUAGUAAGAAAUUUAUUAGAAGAAUUGAAAAGAAUUAUUCCGUACACAGAUAUGAUUAAUGAACUUGAAAACAGGGUGAUUCAACUAAAGAAUCAAUUAAAUGUUGAGCUUAUUAGUGAUGACACAACGAAUUUUGAAAUUAAACGCGAAGAAUUUUUUAGUAAUUUAAUGAGAAUAAUCGAAAUGUUAAGAACGAUUAAUUUGAAAUUUAAAGAUAUUUUAUCAUCAACAUUCGAUGUCGAUAAAUUAGAAGAUCUGAAAAAGAAAGUCGAAAGAAUUAGUGACCAAUUACUUGCAAAAGCAUCAAAAGAUGAUCUUUCUCCUAAGGAUACUGAUGAUUUUCGUAUGUAUUAUAAUCAUCUUCUAUCGUUUGAAAAAUAUAUGCAUAUUCCAGAAAUAAAAAAUAUUCAAUCAGUUUUAGAUCAAUCAGAAGGCAAAAUUCUUAAAAAAGUAAUAGAUUUACGUAAAGAAAUUAUCGAGUCUUGUUCAGAUGCUGUAAAAGUUUGUAAAAUGUUAAUUAAAAUGAAAUUUUUUGCGGAAAAUUUACCGAUGUUUGAUACGAAUAUUCAUACGGAAAUUGAUGAAACUUUAAAAAUUUAUAAAGAAAAAAAAGGUAAUUUAGGUAUGACAAGUUUAACUUUAGAAUUAGAAAAAACAGAUGUAGGUAGUCGAAUAAUUAGUGAACAUUCGUAUUUCAGUGGAGAAGAUUGUCGAAAACGACGAGAAAAAAUGCAAAAACAGGAUGAUCUUGAAUAUGUGCUAAAUGAAUUAACUGGAGAUGAUAUUUCGAAGAAAGUUUUACGUUCACGUUACACUACUUUUAAAGAAAAAUAUGAUAAAUUAGUGUCUAGUAAUCUAAGUUUUUUCAAUCAGAGCGCUAAUAAAGAACCAGAUGUCGAGGUAUUAGUUACACAAAUCAAACAUCUUGUUGGAACAAUAAGUCAUACAUCUAAUUCUGUUACUUGGAGUCCUCCCUUUAGAGACGAGAUUCCUGAGCUCUUAGCGCAUAUUUUCGCUGUUUGGACGUUACAGAAUACCCAACUUUAUAAUACAAUGCGCGGUAUCGAUGCACCACAAUCUUAUUUAUUAAUGCCACAUGUUGGGCAAGUUAUUGCUAUUUUUCGUCUUCUUGGUAUCGGUUACGAAACACACAAGAAAAUUCCAAUAAUCAAUGUAUCUUAUAAGAAAAAAAUUUCAGAUGAUUUAAUUAAUAAUUUAGUGCAAGUAGGCACAGGUGAAGGUAAAUCAGUUGUGAUGGCAAUAACUGCUUGUGUUUUUGCUCUUACCGGAGUAGAUGUAAACUGUUCAUGUUAUAGCGAAGUUUUAAGUGCACGAGAUAAGAAUGAUUUUGCUUCAGUUUUCCGAGCACUCGGAAUAGAAGAACAUAUUGAUUAUGGUACUUUUAAUAAAUUAUGUGAACAGUUAUUGAAUGAGCAAUGUAAUGUCCGAGAAAAAGUACGUGAUAUGAUUGCAACUAAUCAAAGUACGCUUCCUGUAAUUGAUACAUCAGUACGUAUACGUCCAAAAGUAUUGUUGAUUGAUGAAGUAGAUGUUUUUCUAAGUGAAAAAUUUUAUGGUGGAACAUAUACACCAUCUGUAUAUUUGAAAGAUCCUUCAAUAAAAGAAUUACUAAAUUCCAUCUGGCAAAAUAAGAGUUUAAAAACAUUAAAUAGUGUAAAAGCUUUGCCAGCAUAUAAAACUUGUGCAACUAAAUAUAGUAACUGGAUUUUUCUUUUCGACGAAGCCAUAAAAGAUAUGUUAGCUGCUUUACGAUCGUUUCAAUCAUCAACAUAUAUCGUACAGAGUGAUAAGAUUGUUUAUGUUGAAGGAGGAUCUAUAGCAGAUAAUGUUGUUCGUGGUUAUGAUACGAUUUGGGCAUACUAUCAUGAAAAGGGAAAAGAUAAUAUUAGUGAGAGUAGUCUAAAUGAUAAUGUAGGUAUUAUUUUAAACUGUGGAACAUUUUCUUACGCUGAAAUGCCUCAUGAUUUUGAGUAUAUUGCUGGUGUUACUGGUACUUUGCAAACACUUGCAAAAGCAGAAAAAGAUAUACUAGAAGAAGUGUAUAAAGUUCACAAAAUGACGUAUAUGCCAUCCGUAUUUGGAAGUAGUAAUCGUACUUAUAAUCCGAGAACUGAUGUGCGCGCAGUAAAAGAUAGUGAAUAUUUUAUGGAAAUUUGUGGAGAAAUUAAUGCGGUACGUCAUGCAUGUCGUGCGAUUCUUGUAUUUUUCGAAUCUCAAGAAAAACUGCUGAUGUUUUAUAAUUCCUCUGAAUUGUCUUCUAUAAAGCACGACGUACAAAUUAUAACGGAGACGGUUUCUGUAAAAGAGAGAGAGCUAUACAUUAAACGAGCAGCAACAGUUGGUAGAGUUACACUAUUAACUCGAACAUUUGGACGAGGAACUGAUUUUAUAUGCCGUAAUCAACAGCUCUUAUUGAGUGGUGGUAUUCAUGUACUUCAGACAUUUUUUUCAGAAGAAUCAUCUGAAGAAUAUCAAAUUAUGGGUAGAGGAGCACGACAAGGAGAUCAUGGUUCAUACAGAAUGAUUUUAUCAGAUAAAGAUUUAGAAUGGGUUCUAGGCGCUUCUUGGAAGGAAGAGCUUCCAAAAAUAGUCGGUACUAUACUUUAUCAAACUUUAAACGAAGCUCGUAACGCUCGAUAUGAAAGUAAAUGUGGUGCAAAACAUCUCAGUAUAAAACAAUGCAGAGAUAAACAUCAAGCUUCUAAAGCUUUUAUGGUUGCGUUAACCACAGGAAACAUGGAAACAGUGAUAAAGUUUCUGAAAGAGCAAAAUAAAGGAGCAAAUUUGAUUACAGUUUCGUCGCGUACAGUUUUGCUUAUGGAUGCCACAGGCUCUAUGUCAAGCUUGUUAACGGCAGCUAAAGAAACUGUUUGUACGAUGUUUGAACGGGCUUCGAUUGUUUUACAGGAGAAAGGCCUGCCUAGUGAUGCAUUUCAAAUGCAAUUUACAGUGUACAGAGAUUAUGACUGUGAAAAAGAUGGAGUUCUGCAGAGUUCUUCUUGGGAAACGAAACCAAGUAAUCUCAGAUCAUUUAUGACGAAAAUUACGGCUACGGGUGGCGAUGAUUACGAAGAAGCGAUUGAAAUAGGACUGUGGCACGCAGUUCAGCAAAGUGAACAAUCAGAAGGGAUUUCUCAAGUAAUUUUGAUAGGAGAUGCGCCAGCAAAAGAUCGUCCAGCAAUAAAAAGAGAUAGACAAGCUAAUGGCGGUGAAGCAUACUGGAGUAAAACUAAAUAUAAAACUCCAACUCAUUAUACAGAUGAACUAAAGAAGCUAAAGGAUGAAAACAUUCCUGUUCAUGCCUUUUAUCUUGAUGACGGGGCAAGAAAUAAUUUUCAAAACAUUGCUAGUCAAACGUCAGGACGUUGCGAGCGACUUGAUAUUUAUUCUUCUCAGGGUGCGGAAAUAUUGACUCAUUUUGUAACUGAAGAAGUUCUCAGAAAAACAGGUGGCGACCAAGGAGAUGCUAUAGUUGAGCUAUAUAGAGCAAAGUAUGUGAAAAGUUUUACCUCCUAA